AUUAGCAUUCUGGUUGAUUACGGAUGAGUCCAGCAAACUGUUUUUGGACAAUAUUCAAGCAACGAAAGGUGAAGCGAGUUACAAGCAAUGGAGAACAGGUACACUUAGAUACUGGAAAAUCCAGUGGUUCCCCAAAUGGGAAGAGUGAAGAUCUAGCUGCAUCUCGAAUUCAAAAUGCAUUUCGGGCAUUUACGGCCAGAAAAAUUGUACAUAAUUCGAAGGGGCCAGAGAGAUUCCAGGAUAUAAUUCAAGGUGAAACAGCUACAAAGCAAGUAUUAAGCUUCAUUCAUUCAUGGAGCAGAAUGCAACAGGAAAUUGGAGCUCGUAGAUUAUGUAUGGUCACAGAAUAUCGAGUCAAGCAAAAGAAACUGGAAAAUCAGCUGAAGCUUGAGGCUAAAAUUCAUGAACUUGAGAUAGAAUGGUGUGGUGGGUCUGAAACAAAGGAGGAAAUCCUUUCUAAGAUUCAACAACGAGAAGAAGCUGCUGUGAGACGAGAGCGAGCCAUGGCUUAUGCAUUCUCCCAUCAGUGGAGGGCCAACUCCAUCUUACAUGUAAGUCCGACUUCAUUCAGCCUUGACAAAGAAAAUUGGGGAUGGAGCUGGAAGGAGAGAUGGAUUGCUGCUCGGCCAUGGGAGAUUCGAGCUAACGCUCAUCCCACCAUUCCAAAGAAGGUGCAGAUGAAGAAAACAAGCAAACUCGAAAAAGUCUUGACAGGACAACCAAAGGUCUUAAACUCAGCCAGACAUUCUUUGUCAAAUGGCAAGGGAAGUUCAAAGGCCAGAACUUCUGCUAUAUCCGACCACUGAAACAAGCUACAAGAGGUUGAAGGUCAUUUUCUGUAUAUAAUCACCCAACCCAUAAACCACGACUGACAAAUUCAAUGAUAUAUGAAUUUGGUAGUUCUCAUUAUAUUUUAACUUGGCUUGCUUUGUAGUGUGAAUCUCUGUUAUUUUGCCAAAUAAGAGAAAAAGUUUCAUGGCUUCCAUGGAAAA